AUGUCUACGCCGUCGUCCAUGAAAAAACUUAUUGAUACUGCACAUAUUAUCGAGCCGAUGGGAACACAUCUCCAUUCGAUCAUUUGGUUCCAUGGAUUCGGCGAUAGUUCAGAGGGCUGUAAAGACAUCUUUAGUCAAAUUCAACCUCCGAAUACAAGAAUUGUUCUGCCAAAUGCACCUAAACGAUGGCAUACGAUUCAAGGUCAACAACAUUUCGUACAAAGUUGGUAUGGGGAAGAGGCAGCAACUGUCGAACACGGUUUGCCCAUCGUGAAAUGGAUCAAUGAAUUAAUCGAUGGUGAGAUCGAGCUCGUUAAAGAUUCAACACAGCUUAUUAUCGGUGGUUUCAGUCAAGGCGCUUGCUUAGCAUUAAUGACUGGUCUGAGAUUUCCGAAACUAUUGGGCGGAAUCAUUUGUUGUAGUGGUCAUGUUGCAUAUCUCGAUAGAAUUCAAGAAUUUCUAGGUGAGCAUGCACGACAAGUGCCGAUUUUAGUCUUACAUGGUAAGGAUGAUGAUCGAAUCUGCUGGGACGAAGUCAAACCAGGUUUCGACCUAUUGCGACAACAUGGCCUUCAAGAUAAUUUACAAAUUGUUGUCGAAGAUCGAGUUGGACAUAUAAUUAGUCGACGAGGAUUUAAUCAAAUUAUCAUGUUCUUUGUUAAACAAUUUAAAUUAUAG